CACGCCGCGGCGGGCGAGCCCGCGGCCGCCUCUGCCCGUGGGGCUCCCCGCGGCCCUCCGACCUCGAGGCCCGGCCCGAGCCGCGCUGCGAAGGGGGUUCAAGGUCCGAGCCUGGCCCGCCGCGCCGGUGGGGGAUGGGUCCGGCGGCCUGGACGCCCGUGGGCCCGAGGGCCGCGGGGUGCGGUCCGCGCCGGCUCCCGCGCAUCGCGGCCUCCCGGGCUUGGGGAGGAUGCUGCGAUGGAGGGACGCUGUCCCAGCGGACGUGGGCAGACGUGGACAUCCGGCCACCGCGCCCCGGAGGUCGAGCCCCUGGCAGCCCCGUGACAGGGACGCCGAGGGUCUCGCCCCGGUUUCGCAGAUGGAGCCGGGCGUCGGGCCACUCGAGUGACCUGCCGCAUCUCAGCGCCCAGAGUGGUGGCUCCGGAACUGGAUGGUUGGGACAUUGGGCAAAGAAAAGGCGCCCGUGCCCCAGCGUUCUUGAAUUCCUUCCCCCCGCCCCCACGCUUGGUGCUUCAGUGCUUGAAAAGCAAAGCGCAGACCCGAGGCACUUCGGGGGCCAGCGGAUUGGUCGGCCCUUUCUUCCCCUUCCGCGCACCCCCUAUUUUUCUUGGCCCUCCCUCGAUUUCCUGUAGAAGUCUUCCCGCUGUGUUUGUCCAGGCCCCCCUCCCUCCGUCCCCCCAUCCCUUUCUUGCAUCGAGUUCUCCCAGACCCGCUGCAAUUCUCAGGUAACAAAGCUGCAGCCAGCUGGAUUCCUUUACCCCGGGAUACACUUGUCCCCCUCCUCUCCUUGUGGGCCCUGGCGCUUGUCUCAGCUCGCUUCUCCUUGGGGCAGGCCCAUCCCUGGAUUACUCAUUGAUUUGUAAAUGUUUCAUCUCACGGCACUGCCCACAGCUUGAGAAGUGGGCCCCAUCUGUUGAAUUGUUGUGGUGUCACCAUAGGCUUUGGAGAUGGGGUACCGGGGAUAAGGAAGGUCCCUACCCUGCAUGUGGAGGCUUGGAUUUGAUCCCUGGCACCCCGUGGCCACCUGGCACCAGUGUGAGCCUCUACCAAGACAACGAAAACCAAAACAAGCCCAGAUUAUAAAAAUCCUAAGGUAAAAUGAAGUACAUUCUAGUCACUGGUGGUGUGAUAUCAGGAAUUGGAAAAGGAGUCAUUGCGAGCAGUGUGGGCACAAUCCUGAAGUCAUGUGGUUUACACGUAACUUCGAUUAAAAUUGACCCAUACAUUAACAUUGAUGCUGGAACAUUUUCUCCUUAUGAGCAUGGCGAGGUGUUUGUGCUGGAUGAUGGUGGGGAAGUUGAUCUUGACCUGGGUAACUACGAGCGGUUCCUUGACAUCCGCCUCACCAAGGACAAUAAUCUGACCACCGGAAAGAUAUACCAGUACGUCAUUAACAAGGAACGCAAAGGAGAUUACUUGGGGAAAACUGUCCAAGUUGUCCCUCACAUCACAGAUGCUAUCCAGGAGUGGGUCAUGAGACAGGCAUUGAUCCCUGUGGAUGAAGAUGGCCUGGAACCUCAAGUGUGUGUGAUCGAGCUCGGUGGGACAGUGGGCGAUAUAGAGAGCAUGCCCUUCAUCGAGGCUUUCCGGCAGUUCCAGUUCAAGGUCAAAAGAGAGAACUUCUGUAACAUUCAUGUCAGUCUCGUUCCUCAGCCAAGUUCAACAGGGGAGCAGAAGACCAAACCCACCCAAAAUAGUGUUCGGGAGCUCCGAGGGCUCGGCCUUUCCCCGGAUCUGGUUGUGUGCAGGUGCUCAAAUCCCCUUGACACGUCAGUAAAGGAGAAAAUAUCAAUGUUCUGCCACGUUGAGCCUGAACAAGUGAUCUGCGUCCACGAUGUCUCGUCCAUCUACCGAGUCCCCUUGCUGCUAGAGGAGCAGGGGGUUGUAGACUAUUUUCUUCGGAGACUUGACCUUCCUAUUGAGAGGCAGUCCCGGAAGAUGCUGAUGAAGUGGAAGGAGAUGGCGGACAGGUACGAUCGCUUGCUGGAGACCUGCUCGAUUGCCCUCGUGGGCAAGUACACCAAGUUCUCGGACUCGUAUGCCUCCGUCAUCAAAGCGCUGGAGCAUUCUGCGCUGGCCAUCAAUCACAAGUUGGAGAUUAAGUACAUAGACUCCACGGACCUGGAGCCGAGCACCUUGCAGGAGGAGCCGGUACGCUACCACGAAGCCUGGCAGAAGCUCUGCAGCGCCAACGGAGUGUUGGUUCCAGGGGGAUUUGGUGUUCGAGGAACCGAAGGGAAAAUCCACGCAAUUGCCUGGGCUCGGAAGCAGAAGAAGCCAUUUUUGGGUGUGUGCCUCGGGAUGCAGCUGGCAGUGGUGGAGUUUUCGAGAAAUGUGCUGGGAUGGCAAGAUGCCAAUUCUACCGAGUUUGACCCGAAGACCAAUCACCCAGUGGUCAUCGACAUGCCAGAGCACAAUUCCGGGCAGAUGGGUGGAACCAUGCGGCUGGGCAAGCGGCGCACCCUGUUCCAGACAAAGAACUCCAUCAUGCGGAAACUCUACGGGGACCUGGAUUACCUGGAAGAGAGACAUCGCCACCGGUUUGAGGUGAACCCAGUCCUGAAGAAAUGCCUGGAAGAGCAGGGCUUGAAGUUUGUCGGACAGGAUGUGGAAGGAGAGAGAAUGGAAAUCGUGGAGUUGGAAGAUCACCCCUUUUUUGUGGGUGUGCAGUACCACCCUGAGUUCCUGUCCAGGCCCAUCAAGCCGUCGCCCCCCUACUUUGGCCUUCUCCUGGCCUCGGUGGGCCGACUCCCGCAUUACCUCCAGAAAGGCUGCAGGCUCUCGCCCAGGGACACCUACAGCGACAGGAGUGGGAGCAGUUCCCCUGACUCGGAAAUCACGGAGCUGAAGUUCCCGUCAGCGAAUCAUGACUGAAGUCGGCGGAUGAUUCUCCAAGCAGCGCCUUCAGACGCCUUCAGAUGGAGUUAACAGCUUUGAUUUCACACUUGGCUUUUGACACUUCCUUUAAAUUAUGUUUGUAUUCAGAUUACUUUACUAUGGGGAGCGGUACCCGGGAGGCUGUCAGCCCCUGCCCAGAGAGCUGCAUGGCGCUGGACACGCUUCUUCACGUCUACACCUUGCAGACUAGCAGCAGGAUCUGGGGGCCAGAGCAGAUGCCGGGCUGUGGCUGGUGGAGGCCCCCCAACCCCCCACCUGCCUUGCCCUGUUACUCCACCUACCUCGCAUCAUUGUGGGUUGGCGUGGUAACCCGUGGCCUCCCCUGGAGGCCAGGCCUUUUGGAGCGAGCAGGGAGGGGUGCCUUAGCUGGUGCUGCUGGCCGGCAUGUGGCAGCAGGAGGGUCAGUGGGGCGGGGCAGGAGGAAGCCCACCUCUGGGUUUGGUUUUUAGCACCCCAGGCUCUGCCUGAGCUCUUACCCCCCCACCCCACCCCACCCCCGGGGCCCGGGAAACACUCCUUGCAUCAAGGGGUCCCUUAGCGAAAGAGCAGACUCUUGGGAACUGCCUCUGAACGGCCCUCCCAGGGAGCCUGGCUCGAGGGGACUUUUCCUUCCAGAACGGUGUCAGCUGCAGUUAAAGGGCAGGCGGGCAGAGCUAUUUCCUUAGCGAGAGGCGGCGGCGGUGGCCAGAGCCGUGCGCCUGUGUUCUGGCGGGACGUGGUGUAUACUCUAACUUAAAUAAAAAAACAACAGGACCCAGCACGCCCUCGGCUCAUGGUGCUGUGUCAUGGCCCCGUGGACACGCUCCACUCCGGGUGCGUGGUCGCUGUGCUCGGGCCGAUUGCUAACACACUCGGAGGGAGGCCCCUGCUGCUUCUCAAGCACCAGAACUGUCCAGCAAAGGCUGCAGGAGCGGACUCGGGGCUGGAGCACGUGCCUUGGGUGUGGGAGCCCCAAGUUUGGUUCCUGGCACCGCCCGGACCAGUCCUGAGACAUGCCUGAUACCUGGUUCUUGGCUUCUGUUCCGACUUGUGGGUACCAGUGUGGGCCUGCUUCUCCCUGCUGGGCCUGGGCCUGGGCGCCACAUGACCCGGGGCUGGGGACUGGUGCCUGGUCGCCGGCAGGACUUGCCCCUCCGCACCCCGGAACUGUGCCUCGGGUCUGCUAGCCUGGGUGGGUGAAGCCCACGGCAGUCUCUGCACCCCACAAGGGAUGUGGCUGAGGUUGGCCCCCGCCCAGCCUCUGGCUGUGGGCGUAUCUACUUCUGACUCCGUUCUUGUGGAGGUGUCAGCAGAGAUGUGGGGUGGGGUGGGGUGGGGUGGGGUGGGGUGGGGGAAGCUCCCCACGCUUCCACGCACUCACAGGAGGAACUGGCUAUUGGAUGGAACCUCUCAGCAUUUAUUCUGCUCCUGCCUCACAUAUACCCAGGAGGAUGUGCACUCCCUUGGACCCCUCUUCCUGUCCAGGCCGCCGUCCUGGACAGUGUGUCCCCUCCCCUCCCCCUCCUCCCGGCUCGGUUCUCCAGGACUGAAAUAAAAUGUUUUCACUUGCA